AUGUCCCUCCAAGCAAUCCUGUAUACCCCCACUCCCCCAGCACUACAAAUUCUCGAUCAGCUAAAACUCCCCCAUGAGUCGGUUUAUGUCCCCAUCUGCACAUGCGAAGACGCCUACGAUGCGAUAAAACGUAUGGUUGUGCGUGGUGCGCCCGCGAUCGCGAUUGUGGCUGCGUUGGCUUUGGCAGUUGAACUGAGCUCCGGAGGGCUGCCAAGUGAGGUCGGGGAGAGUGCAGGGGAUGCGAGGGCGUAUGUCCAUAGGCGGUUGGAUUACUUGGUCCAGUCACGGCCUACUGCGGUUAAUUUGGCAGAUGCGGCGGGGAAAUUGAAGGCUGUUGUCAGCGCUGAAGCGGGGACCGCGGAGGCGGUAGUGGGGAGGUAUGUCGAGGCUGCGGAGAAGAUGCUGGUGGACGAUGUCAUGGACAACGAGAACAUUGGAAGGUUUGGGGCCGAGUGGAUUUUGGAAAAUGCCAAAGUGGGAGAGGGGGAAGAGAAGGGGAUGGUUGCGGUUCUGACCCAUUGUAACACAGGUUCGCUUGCGACGGCUGGCUACGGCACUGCGUUGGGCAUCAUCCGCUCGCUGAACUCUCGUUCGAACCUGACGCACAUUUACUGCACUGAGACCCGUCCUUACAACCAAGGCUCCCGAUUGACGGCGUUCGAACUCGUUCACGAUAAGAUACCGGCAACAUUGAUUACAGACUCGAUGGCAUCCUCCCUCAUGAGCCUCAAAUCUAUAGCGGCCGUUAUCGUGGGUGCGGACCGUGUAGCUGCCAAUGGUGACACAGCCAACAAAAUUGGUACCUAUCAGUUAGCAAUUGUUGCCAAAUAUCACGGUGUCAAGUUUGUUGUGGCUGCGCCGACUACGAGCAUCGAUAUGAAAACAGCUUCGGGCAAGGAUAUUGUCAUCGAGCAUAGGCCUGGAAAGGAAGUAACGAACGUGGAGACAGUGGCCACGGCAGCUAGGGGUAUCAAUGUCUAUAACCCUAGCUUUGAUGUGACUCCGAAAGGCUUGAUCGAUGCUAUAGUUACCGAGAAGGGGGUUGCCGUCAAGGAUGCGGGUGGUGAUUUCGGUUUGUCGAGGUUCUUUUGAGGCGUACAAGGAUAAUAAGCGCGUUAUUGGCUUAGAAUGAAUUGUAUCAGCUUAACCAA